UCUUGUACAACUGGUACGUAAGAAAUCCUAUAGUCUUCUCUUCCAAUUACUAUAACUGGACAAUUCUUUUGGACUUUCGUGUCAACUAAUGAGCAAUCUAAUGUAACAUGGACUACUUCCAACUUCUCUGUAGUAUUGGCGUGGUGCUACUCGCCUUAUACUACUACUAUACUUCGACGUUUGACCACUGGAGGAAUCGUGGAAUACCUGGACCGCGACCUACGGUCUUAGUAGGCAAUUUUGGGGACGUUUUCUUUAAAAAAAUAUCGUUUAGCGCCAAAACAAAGAAGUUAUACAAUGAAUACAAGGACGAACCGGUGUUUGGAAUGUUCGAGGGAAUGACACCUAUAUUAGGUGUUAACGACCUAGAUCUGAUCAAAGACGUUUUCAUCAAGGACUUCUCUGUAUUUGCCGACCGAGGCAUGCCUUCAUUUCCAAAGGCAGAACCACUGGGCGACACUCUUUUCUCCCAGAAACCCGACAAAUGGCGUCCAAUGAGGGCAAAACUCUCUCCGGUAUUCACGUCCGGGAAGCUGAAGGAGAUGUUCCCUCUUAUAUUAGAAUGCGCGAGCAAUCUGGAUAAAUACAUAAAUGAUGUGGCAGAGAAAGGAGAGCCGGCAGAAUUUCGCGACAUAGCCGGAAAAUUCACCACAGACGUGAUCGGCCACUGCAUUUUUGGGAUCAACAUGAACGCCCUCGGGGACAAAGAUAGCGAGUUUCGUAAAAUGGGAAAGAGAAUUUUCAAUCCCACCUUGAAACUAUUCUUCAGAGACGUCCUUAGACAAUUUACGCCAACCUUGUACGGUAGAAUCGGCCAUCUACUUCAACCUGAGGGAGUCGACGAUUUCAUGAUAAAUGUAAUUCACGAUACCAUUAAGUAUAGGAAAGAGAACAACGUGUUUAGGCCAGAUUUCGUCAACAUGCUGAUGGAUCUUAAGGAACAUCCAGAGAAACUACAAAACAUGGAACUGACAGACACGGUACUCGCCGCACAAGCAUUCGUCUUCUUUGCAGCUGGCUUCGAAACUACUUCAUCAACGAUUUCUCAUGCUCUUUAUGAACUGGCUCAACAUCACGAUAUGCAGGACAAACUACGCGAAGAGAUCAAAUCUGCUUAUGAGAAACACGGUAAAAAUUUGACGUAUGAGGUGAUCAAGGAAAUGAAAUAUUUGGACAAGGUUUUCAAAGAAACACUGAGGUUGUAUCCAGUAUUGCCAAUGGUAACGAGGGAAGCGAUUGAAAAUUACACGUUAAGAGGCACUAAGUAUACAUUAGAAAAGGGUUCGAAAGUGUGGAUACUGGUAUCGGGAAUUCAUAGGGAUUCGAAUAUAUUCCCAAAUCCAGAUGUUUUUGACCCUGAAAGAUUUAACGAUGACGCUGUUGCUGCCAGACACCCUAUGGCUUAUAUGCCAUUUGGUGUUGGACCCAGGAACUGCAUUGGUGCCCGAUUUGCUAAUUAUCAAAGCAAGAUUGGUAUUAUAACGAUACUUCGCAAUCACAAGGUCGAUAUCUGUGAGAAAACCAGGAUCCCAUACGAAGCCGACCCGAAAUACUUCCUGAUGACACUAAAAGAUGGAAUGAACUUGAAACUGAUUAAAGCGUAAAAUUAAUAUGAAUAAUUGUA